GCAGUAGCUGCUUGACAUCAUCGGGAUGAGCAUUGGAUUACAGCAGGCAGGGACUAACUCGGGAGGGAGGAGAACACGCCCCUCGGCCCCAGAAGUGCAACUUCAUUUAGCAGCUCCCAGCACAAGGAAACUGCAAGUCUGAAACUGGCAGCGGCUCCGCGCCCGGCUUGGCUGCCGGCCACAGGGGGCAGAGACGCCGGGAGCGCAGAACCCAGCGCCGGCUGCCUCCGCCGCGGCGGCACCGCGCAGCUGGGGAGCCGAGAAGCAGCGGGAGCCGAGGUGGCUAAGCCACUGUCCUGCUGCAUGUGAACCUUGUUUGAAGUCAUGCCCAGAAGGAAAGUCAACUAAAGCAGCGCCUCGCAGGGGUGUGGAGAUGAAAUGGAGGUCGAGUCCAGCACCUACACAGACUUCAUCUCCUGCGACCGGGCGGGCCGGAGGAACGCCGUGCACGACAUCCAGCAGGAGGCCAGCGCCAUCAGCAUGCGCCAGCUGACCCAGGACCUGGGGGACCUCGCUGUGGGAGCAGCAGAAAGCCAAAGAGAUGCCACUUCUUCAGAGAAGGACCCUGGAGCAAGACCAAAGGGGCAGGAGAAGAGCCCUUCCCCAUGAGGGUGCCCAGGGAGUGGGGUGGGCAGGAGGAUUGCCUUGCUGUGAGCAUCCAACAGGAAUGUGCUCUUGAACCCGUGGACAAAAGCCAAGCUGGAACAGCAAUCUGUCAAAUGCCUCUGCUGCACCCUUUCCUGUUGAGAGAGCCACAGGAUGCUGUGCAAGGACUGGCACCACCAAAAGACAUCUGCUGCCAUCCCUAAGGGUUCAGAGCAGCACUGCCAUGGCUCUGGCAUGAGCCAUUCUCAAGAUGCCUUAGCUGCAGCUUUCCCCUGGGGGAAGAAAGUUUCAGUAAUAAAAGACACAUCAGACUCUCCUGUCCAAGGUACCUUUCUCCUCUGCAACUUUAGACUAUUAUUUAUUCUGUUCCCAUAGGUUAGAAAUUUAGAUUCUUGGGUUCUUUUUCUAAGCCUCACCCUCAUCUACAUCUUAGACCUGACCUGGCCUCUGGACUGCCUGUACAGCCCCUUGUCAGGGUGGGCAGUGAGGAAGGGACCUGGCCAGUCCUGCUGCCUUCAAAUCAAGCACCACUCACCUGUGCUGCUGCCACUUAGCAUGAGGAAAGGACCAAAGCACAGCUCUGUGUGGAGGAGCUCCACCUGCAGCCCCAGCAGCACCAGCCCCAGGUGUCCUUGUCUUUGAGGUUUUUAGCAUUUUAAAACCUUGAUAUGGGGAGGAGAGAAACAUUUUGCUGGUUUGACUGUUGCAAUUCAGGUUUAGCUCUACAAGCUGUUAGCUGAGAUGAUCUCACACCAUUCUGUCUUUCAGGACACAUGUUUUGUGUUAAAAGAUGGUUUGAUAGAACUAUAUAAGAUGUUGGAAUAAAUAACCCAGCCUUCAAGUAC